AUGGCGGCGCUGGCCAGUAGCCUGAUCCGGCAGAAGCGGGAGGUCCGCGAGCCCGGGGGCAGCCGGCCGGUGUCGGCGCAGCGGCGCGUGUGUCCCCGCGGCACCAAGUCCCUUUGCCAGAAGCAGCUCGUCAUCCUUCUGUCCAAGGUGCGACUGUGCGGGGGGCGGCCCGCGCGGCCGGACCGCGGCCCUGAGCCUCAGCUCAAAGGCAUCGUCACCAAAUUGUUCUGCCGCCAGGGUUUCUACCUCCAGGCGAAUCCUGACGGGACCAUCCAGGGCACCCCAGAAGACACCAGCUCUUUCACCCACUUCAACCUGAUCCCCGUGGGGCUCCGUGUGGUCACCAUCCAGAGUGCCAAGCUGGGUCACUACAUGGCCAUGAACGCCGAGGGGCUGCUCUACAGCUCGCCGCAUUUCACAGCUGAGUGUCGCUUUAAGGAAUGCGUCUUCGAGAAUUACUACGUCCUGUACGCCUCUGCUCUCUAUCGCCAGCGCCGCUCUGGCCGGGCCUGGUACCUGGGCCUGGACAAGGAGGGCCGAGUCAUGAAGGGAAAUCGGGUCAAGAAGACCAAGGCAGCGGCCCACUUUGUGCCCAAGCUCCUGGAAGUGGCCAUGUACCGGGAGCCUUCUCUCCACAGUGUCCCUGAGACCUCCCCUUCCAGUCCCCCUGCCCCCUGAAAUGUAGUCCGUGGACUGGAGGCUCCUGGCACUUGCACGGAGCCAGCCACAGCCACAGCCUGUCUCCCAGCCCUGCUCCCAGCCCCGCCCCCACCCAUGCCGCCACACUCACGCCCUGAGCAGCCAGGUCCCACCCGGUGCUCGAUCCUGAGGGAGCCAAGGGGCUGGUCGUGACUCCCCAGGCUUCCCUGCUCCUCGGGCCUGGGAGUUCAGAGAGGGGGAGGCUGACAGUGGUCCUGGCCGAUCCCUUCUUUCCUUCCGCACCCACAGCCCCGCAAAGCCUUUUCCCAAGAAGGCGCCCGGGUUCCCAAAAUGACAGAACCAGGACAUAAAUAUUCCCCACCCCGGGGCUCAGCCAGUUCCUGGAGCCCUGUGCCCUUUUCAUUGCCACUGAACCAUAGAUUUAUAGGUCUACUGGAGCUCAGGAUCAGUUUCCUUUUUUCCCUCCUCCGCCUUCUGCCUUGUUCAGGACAGGUUCUGGAACACCAGGCACCCUAGCCAGGGCCCUUUUUGCACUCAGGCUCUGGGCUGGAAUGCUGGCAUGCUGCCAGGCUCUGUUCUGGAUCCAUCAGGCUUCUGUCCUUGACCCAGAUGGACCCCCUGGUUUCCAGGUAGAGAGGGGCUGGGUAUGAGCCCCGUCCGGCUGCUGGCCUUGGCCUGAACUAGGACCGGUCCCGGAACACCACAGUUUUAACUUUCUUAUCCCAAAGACACCCACUGCUAGAGCGUGGUGUUCUAGACACAUAUGGAGCCAUACUUCCUCCUGAAUCUCGGCUCUAGGACGUAGACCAGGACUCAGCCCUUUCCUCCAGGAUGGAAACGAGGCCUGAAUAGCCAUAUUAAUGCUCAUAUAGAGGAAGCUCUAGACCCAUCCUCCUACCUUCUCUAGUAAUGCGUUUCUUGGUGAAUCAAGAAACACUUCUUGUUUUUCCUAGGUUUUCUAAAAAUCUGAUUCUUCCUAUAGAAUGCUAACCUUAUUUAUACAUGCAGUUUCUAGCUCCUGCAACUCAGCUGGGGUCCCGCCGGGGAAACAGAGUCUGAGGAAGGGCAGAGGAGUUUGGGCAGGAAUCCUUGGCUCACAGUAGGGAGUUGGGAUGGGCAGGGGGCCACAACCAUGGCAUGUUUCGGCUGUGCUUGGGUUGGGGGGGGGGGGACAUGAACACUUAGCUACCUCAGCAGGAAUUCCUCCCAGGUCCCCUUUAAAGCUGAGGUCUUUAGGGUAAUGAGUCUAGAAUAAAAAGGAUAAGAGGAGGGACACAACCUUGAUCCCCCAGUGCAGAGACCCCAGUUCAGCAAUAAGUUCCACCCCACUCCCCUACAAAUCAGGCCAAGGAGGGCGAGAGCCUCUCGGGGCUCUAGACCUCAUAUACCCCCCAGAGCUUCUAACUGACUAGAACUUGCUUCACUUACAGCUUAUAACCUCAGCUAAGUUUUAGGUACCCAAAAAGGGCCUGACUAGAUUUUCCCAAAAAAGCGUGGAGAGCUUGGGGCAGGCCUGGAAAAGACCAGGAAGCCACCAGUGACUAGGAGGGACACUCUGAGUAGCCUCAGACCUGGGCAGGGUAGAGGAGAGGGCCCUAAAGGGAGGGGCUGGGGCUCAGAGGCUGGUCACUUUUCCUCAGGCUCUAUUUCUGGCUUGUUGCAAGAGGGGCGCAUAUUCCCCUCACCCACACAGACCCCGCUCAGGCUCCACCCGUCUCCUGGCUCUGCUCCCAGGGGACAGGGUCUCCACUCCAUGCUUUCUCAAUUAAAGACGAUUUGUACAACGA